UAUUGGAAAAGAUUUAAUUAUAUUUAUAUUUUAUUUUUUCUGAUUAAUCGAGAGCCGAUCGACCGCACUGUGCAUUCUCGAAAGCCCAUAGCUCAAUGUAAUCGCUUUAUAAGCGGCCGUACGAGCAAUGUUAAUAGUAGAAUAACGACAAAUAUGGAAACACGUGUUUUGAUUGGUUUCUUGCUCAUCUGCACCACGACUGGGCUUCCAGUCAAAGAGAAAUCUUAUAAUAAUGAUAUCUUCACUCCAAUGGAUUACGCAUUACUUGAAAACACGACAGCGUAUAUGUACGACGAUAAUGAGAAUUUGGUGAAACUAACAUUGGAUGACGACAUGGAGAAUUUAUACGAAACUCAGAUGAAUAUCGCAAAUCGUGUCUUUUUCUUCCUAUACACGAAAAAAAAUCCUACCAUACCAAGAACACUUUAUGUCAAUGAUAAGGAUUCUCUAAAGUAUAGCAACUUUGAUCCUACCAAACCAACGCGUUUCAUAACUCACGGAUGGAUGAAUUCUCGGGGUAGUUUAGCGUGUUUUCUGAUUCGCGACGCUUAUUUGAAGAAUGAAGAUUCUAAUGUUAUCGUCGUUGAUUGGGGCAGCAUAAGCCGUAGGCCUUAUAUUUGGGCUAGCAACCGUGUUAUCAUGGUCGGUCAAUUCGUCUCCACUAUGAUUGAUUUCCUCGAGAAGCAAGGGAUAGAUUUGUCGAAAACCAUACUGAUCGGUCACUCUCUUGGUGCCCAUGUAGCUGGAUUAGCAGCUCGCAAUGCCCAGGGCGAAGUCGGCUUUGUUGUGGGAUUAGAUCCAGCUUUCCCCGGUUUUAGCUCAGCGGGUCCAGGAUCCAGGAUAUCGAGCGACGACGCGAAGUACGUGGAGAUCAUUCAUACGAAUGGCGGUUUCCUCGGCUUUUUGGCACCGAUUGGCGAUUCCGAUUUUUAUCCUAACGGAGGAGAAAAACAGGCUGGUUGUCUAUUGGAUCCCGGCGGCGCGUGCUCUCACGCUCGUUCGUUCAGAUUCUUUGCUGAGUCCAUCAGCAGCCCGUUAGGAUUUUACGGAAGAAGUUGCAAUGAUUUCAUUCGAUUUAAAAUGGGCCUAUGCGACGACCAACAUACAUCCCUCAUGGGCCAUCGCAAGUCGCAAUUGAAUGCGCGCGGUAACUAUUAUCUAUUGACUAAUACAAAAUCCCCAUACGCGAAGGGUCCGCUCUUGGCAUAAUUGUUCGUUGAGAAAGAGACAGAGAAACAAAGAUAGAGAUAUGAGGUGGAAAACUCAGUC